GGAGGCUAGUGCUUGCAGGGAGUAUUACAGAGUAAAGUUCAGUCCCCUGUGUCCCCCAGUGCAUUGGAUCAAACUCUCACAAAUGGGGUAAGUUACAUUAACCCAUUCACUUCAGAAAUUAAAGUUUGGUACCGAUCUGUUCUAAAAUGUUCUAUUUAAACUAUAUUUGCUGUCAUUUCCAUAGGCUGUUAUCACACUCUGAAUUUCCUGUGUUACAGCACAGAGUGGGUGCCGUACAAUGUAACAUAGUCUAUAAACAGUACUGCAGCAUUUGUAAUAGGGAUAGGAAGCUGCUAGACCAGGUAGGUACAAGGUGGCUCUAAGGUACUCUCUAAACCAGACCUGCACAAUUUAGCAAUAGGUAGGAGCCAAAAUUAAAUAGGCUAAGCUUCUUUGGAGACACAGAUUUGUAGUUACACGCACAUGGACAUACAGACACACACACUGAUGGACAUGCAAAUGCACACACACUGACAUACAGAUACACACACAUACAUUGACAGAUGCAAUAACAGACAUACAGACAAGCACACUGACAGACAUACAUACAUACACACACACAUACAUUGACAGACACAAUAACAGACACACACACAAAUAGGGGUUCUGAUGUCUCAUCUGACUUAACAUAUUGAAUUAAUUAACAUGUUUCCUAUAUGGUUGUGUUGUGGAUUACUUUAUAUUCACCUUAUUACCUUACAUAAGGUGAGCAUCAUUUUAUUAGCUUAGUUUUUCUUUUUGCUGCAGAGCUGCUUUUUAUACUGCUAUUUUUAUUAUUAUUGCAAUAAGGGGGUGGAUUUCAGACUAUUUCUGUGGGGUGACUUCAAAGGCACGGGAGUUGGCUAUUAGGACUAGCCUGCUGAGGUACACUUCCUCCUGUUUUCCCACUGCUUAGCAAGGACCCCCUGUCUCUCUCUCUGCUCAGUGUUCAAACUGCUAGUAGUUUAUCCUUCUUUAUCUGUCACAUUCUUACCUCAUCUGUCUAAUGCUAACUGUUCCUAUACACAUUCUUCUAAGGCGGAUCCCUUAUCUCUCCCCACAGCACACGGAUCUGGUGCUGGCAUAUUACAUACAAACUAGCAAUCUUCACUUGCCGAGGACAGCGUUUUACCAGCCACACUGCUGCAAUGUCGAUUCAAUAGAUGCUAUGGACAAUUGGCGUCCUAAUCAGUGCUGUAUUUAGCGCAAGGCUGACAAGGCAUUUGCCUUGGGCAGCACUUUCAUGGGGGCGGCAAUAAAAGCGACCCCCCAUAUGCCCCGGCAGAUGCAUGUCAGCCUCUUGCACUGGGGGGCCCAGGGGCUGGCUGGCCACCUUGGGGCUCCCCAAAGCUGGCAUCUGCUGAUGUUGAAGGCGGGUGGCGAGGGAACGCUUUCCCCUGAGCUCUCCCUACUAAGCUCCUUCGUGUGCUCCACAGUGAUGGCGAUGCCGGAAUAUGACAUCACUCCGGCCCCAGCAUCACUGAGCAAGGAAAUCAGAACUCCCUCGCCGCCUCAAUUGACCGACCACCUGCUUGGCAGUUAAAGGAUGCCCACUGGACCUUAGGGAAAUAGAGAAUCCACUCCAGCACUCCAGCAAACAUAGGGAGACUGGGUGGAUUGAAAUUUAAAAAAAAUUAAAAAAUUUGUGUCAGUGAGUGUGUAUGUGUCAGUGAGUAUACAGGGAGUGCAGAAUUAUUAGGCAAGUUGUAUUUUUGAGGAUUAAUUUUAUUAUUGAACAACAACCAUGUUCUCAAUGAACCCAAAAAACUCAUUAAUAUCAAAGCUGAAUAUUUUUGGAAGUAGUUUUUAGUUUGUUUUUAGUUUUAGCUAUGUUAGGGGGAUAUCUGUGUGUGCAGGUGACUAUUACUGUGCAUAAUUAUUAGGCAACUUAACAAAAAACAAAUAUAUACCCAUUUCAAUUAUUUAUUAUUACCAGUGAAACCAAUAUAACAUCUCAACAUUCACAAAUAUACAUUUCUGACAUUCAAAAACAAAACAAAAACAAAUCAGUGACCAAUAUAGCCACCUUUCUUUGCAAGGACACUCAAAAGCCUGCCAUCCAUGGAUUCUGUCAGUGUUUUGAUCUGUUCACCAUCAACAUUGCGUGCAGCAGCAACCACAGCCUCCCAGACACUGUUCAGAGAGGUGUACUGUUUUCCCUCCUUGUAAAUCUCACAUUUGAUGAUGGACCACAGGUUCUCAAUGGGGUUCAGAUCAGGUGAACAAGGAGGCCAUGUCAUUAGAUUUUCUUCUUUUAUACCCUUUCUUGCCAGCCACGCUGUGGAGUACUUGGACGCGUGUGAUGGAGCAUUGUCCUGCAUGAAAAUCAUGUUUUUCUUGAAGGAUGCAGACUUCUUCCUGUACCACUGCUUGAAGAAGGUGUCUUCCAGGAACUGGCAGUAGGACUGGGAGUUGAGCUUGACUCCAUCCUCAACCCGAAAAGGCCCCACAAGCUCAUCUUUGAUGAUACCAGCCCAAACCAGUACUCCACCUCCACCUUGCUGGCGUCUGAGUCGGACUGGAGCUCUCUGCCCUUUACCAAUCCAGCCACGGGCCCAUCCAUCUGGCCCAUCAAGACUCACUCUCAUUUCAUCAGUCCAUAAAACCUUAGAAAAAUCAGUCUUGAGAUAUUUCUUGGCCCAGUCUUGACGUUUCAGCUUGUGUGUCUUGUUCAGUGGUGGUCGUCUUUCAGCCUUUCUUACCUUGGCCAUGUCUCUGAGUAUUGCACACCUUGUGCUUUUGGGCACUCCAGUGAUGUUGCAGCUCUGAAAUAUGGCCAAACUGGUGGCAAGUGGCAUCGUGGCAGCUGCACGCUUGACUUUUCUCAGUUCAUGGGCAGUUAUUUUGCGCCUUGGUUUUUCCACACGCUUCUUGCGACCCUGUUGACUAUUUUGAAUGAAACGCUUGAUUGUUCGAUGAUCACGCUUCAGAAGCUUUGCAAUUUUAAGAGUGCUGCAUCCCUCUGCAAGAUAUCUCACUAUUUUUGACUUUUCUGAGCCUGUCAAGUCCUUCUUUUGACCCAUUUUGCCAAAGGAAAGGAAGUUGCCUAAUAAUUAUGCACACCUGAUAUAGGGUGUUGAUGUCAUUAGACCACACCCCUUCUCAUUACAGAGAUGCACAUCACCUAAUAUGCUUAAUUGGUAGUAGGCUUUCGAGCCUAUACAGCUUGGAGUAAGACAACAUGCAUAAAGAGGAUGAUGUGGUCAAAAUACUCAUUUGCCUAAUAAUUCUGCACUCCCUGUAUAUGUGUCACAGUGUUUGUGUGCAUAUGUCAGUGAGUGUGCAUGCAUUUAUAUCAGUAAAUGUGUAUGUGUGUCUGUCAGUGAGUGUGCAUGUGCGUCUUGUCAGUGAGUGUGUAUGUGUAUCUGUCAGUUAAUGCGUGUAUGUCAGUUAGUGUGUAUGUGUGUCUGUCAGGGAGUAUGUGUGUCUCUCGGUGAGUGUGUAUAACUGUGAGUGAGUAUAACUCUGAAUAUGUGAGUGAGUGUGUAUGUUUCAGUGAAAGUGUGUGUUGGUUAAACAGUGUGUGUGACAAUGACUGUGUAUCUGUCAGUGAGUGUAUGUCAGUGUAUGCAUCAGUGAAGGCGUGUGUUUGUCAGGCAAAGAAUGUGUUGGUUUUAAAGAGAAUUUAGAAGGUGGGGGGGGAGGGGGGAGGAAUACACCACUGGUCCUUACAUUCAAUACAUAUACUCUGCUGUUUCCAGGUAUUAUCUCUCCUUCCUCCGUUGUGUAGGUAAAUUGAAUCAUAGACUUACAUCUACACACUUUUCUACCUUUGUUUUUAUUUUACUAUUUUUAUUUGGUGUCAUUAAAAGUCAAGUUUUAUUUUUCUCACAGUCUGGCUACAUUACAAUACCAACAUUUUCAGGUUAUCUCCUAAUUUCACAACACCUGCUGGCUUUCUCAGUUGUCUGCAUGAGCAAUUUAGGGGUUACCCCAAUUCUAAGGUGGGUGUUUUAGCUCAGUUUUUUAUUUUCUUAGUUGACAUACAGAUACACACACACUAACAGACAUACAGAUACACAAACCAACAGACAUACAGAUAAACACACACACUAACAAACAUACAGACACACAAACACAGAUACGAACACACUAUGAAUCACUAAAGUCGGUAAGAAAUUCAAAAGGGGGCUAUGAGACACUGAUGUGAAGAUGCAUUUUUUGGUGGGGGCGUUGGCAAAAUGCAUCUUCGCCUGUGUAACUAAAAAUCCUCGCACCGGCCCUGGGUGCUUCCUAUGUCAUUGUGCAGCACUGGCGUUCCGUGUCUCAAAAACCUAUUAUUAAUUUAAUUAGAAGGCUUUGAAGUGCGGCUUCAAGCCAUGGCUCCAAGCCCUGUGUGUAUGUGUUUUGGGAAUCUUACUUUCCGGCUCCAUACCGUAACCUACCAUGAUCUCAUGCGCGUAUGCUUACUGCUGUCACGGUCGGCCAUAGAGAAUCAUUGUAUUUAAUGAUUCGCUAUGGAGGAAUCGUAGGAGCAUUGCGGCAAGCAUGUCCCCAAUGCUCCUCUGUACGGUGCAUUGGAUUGACAUGUCAUCCUGGACGCAACCUGAGGAGACUUUGCACUGGGUAUAAGAUGAGUAAUUUGUUUAUUUUAUUGUUUCGUUUUUAUUUUUGUGCUAGUGUGUGGAGAAUGAUUAAAAGACGACUUUAAUCACCCAGACCACUUCAGAUCAAUGAAGUGGUCUGGCUGCCAGGUCCCCCAGGUUUUAACCCUUCACAUGUAAGCAUAGCAGUUUCAGAGAAUCCAGCCUCUAAUGGCUCUCUUCCUAAGUAAUGCUUUCCUAUGAGCGGUUUGAAUGUGCGCGCGGCAGUGGCUGCGCAUGCGCAUUCGGCUUCACUUGGGAGCUGACGUCGGAGGGCGAAGAGAGGUCACCGGCGCUGGAUUAAGGUAAGUGGCUGAGGGUGGGGGGGACCUAAGGACUAUAAAGGGCCAGGAAAACAAGUUUGUUUUUCUUGCACUAUAGUGGUCCCUUAAGGGCACCAGGACUGUAGCAUUACGAAUACAGAUAUGUAUUCCUAUCGCUACAUUGUUCCUUUAACAAAGCUUCUGGUUUGCACAUUCCUGGCUGUCUGCCUGCCUUGUCCCCUAACACAAAGCUAAAGUGAGGCUUGUCAUAGAGAAGCGUUGUAUCCAAUGAGGGGCAUUGGAAUGGCCUUCGGAUUUCUGAAGUGAUGAUCUUCCAGAGGCGGAGUGGAGCUGCAGCAUUGCAUUACAUGUAAGUUAACUGUAAUGCAGGAGGGCCCACUGAUCUAAAUGGUGUUUUAAACACUCCAGCGUUAGAAAGAUUUUUUAUUUAUAACACUGGAGUGUUCCUUUAAAAGGCCAUUUUCUGUUACUAUGAAUUCAGAGCCAUUCAAAGGGUCAAUUAAGACAAACAGGAACUGCUUUCCCGAGGACACUGACAGUAAUAAUGACCCUUAGCAGUUUGAUAGCAAAUUUAUACUAGACCUUCAUUGGAUAACACUUCUUAUGGGUAUCGUUAACGGUGCUUAUUGUACUCCUAGGGCGUUUGCCCCGACGAUUGUGGAACCUCGAUACACCAUUUGUGUUUUUUUGUUCAGUUAUAUUUUGUAUUCUGUCUAAUGUAGGCUAUUCAGCCCUUGUUUUAUAGAUCUUGAAAAUGGUGCUCAAACUGUUGUACAACUUGAGACUCUGUAUUUCAUGUGCAGACAUAAAUGAUUCAAAUAAAUAGACAUAGAGAGCAGGGUAGAGAGACAGAGACAGUGGGAGAGACUGUGAUACAGAGUGUGAGACACACACACACACACACACACACACAGAGAGUGAGUGUGUGAGAGACACUGAGAUUCUGAGAAUGGGAAAGAGACAGAGUGUGAUUCAGACAGUGGGAGAGACAGUGACAGACAAAGAGUGUGAUUAAGACAGUGAGUGACAGACAGUGAGUGUAGGACAGUGGGAGUGUGAUUUAGACAGUGGGAGAGACAGUGAGUGUAGGACAGUGGGAGGGUGAUUCAGACAGUGGGUGUGAUGCAGUGAGUGUGAUUCAGACAGUGGGAGAGACAGUGAGUGUGAUGCAGUGAGUGACAGAGAGACAGUGAGUGACAGUAUCCAUGUUGUUUAUCACAGAGGCUCCAACUGAUUUGAGUUCCCUGCCUCUCUCUGUAUCAUGUGACCUCAGUAUAACUUGGUCCAUGUGACAUCACAGCUCCUAUAGCUGGGAACUAGCCACUAUCUGCUUCUCUUUGUAUCACUGAUAAUGUUAGAAUCCCUCCAAUCAGAGCUUCCUUUAUAAACUGCUUCUAGAAUGUGACUGUGUGACUGGGAGCAGUGUGAGAGUUCGGGGAGAAUCCUGCAAACUGAAAGCUGUGCUCUCAUUGGCUAGUGGGCGUGUCAUAUGCAAAAUAAGCCAUUCUGUUAUUUCACUCCAACAAUCAUGUUACUAAUGUAUAAAACCAUUGAAAAAUCCUCUGGAACAGUUCAGGUAUUAUUCUCCAAAAUGUUGUUUGAUAAUAUUGUGUAUAUUUGUGUAAAUGUGAAAUGUAUAGAAUGUCAUCACAUGUUUAAAAGAAACCUUUUGCAGCCGGUUCUUUGCUUGUCGUAGAUGUUCUUUAAGACUAUACUUUCAGGGAUCAUUUCUAUAGUUUGUAACUGGUGAAAUGUGCUCUAAAGUGUCCAAACUCAGUACCCACGAGGAAGAGCUAGAGUGUUUUCUCCUGAGCGUGAAGUGGGCUCCCAGUGCUGCUUUAUUGUAGCUGCUGGUUGCUUUUGAUGAUCGUUCCUUUCUCCUUAAUUGGAGAGUAGGAGGGAGAGAACACAAGCUGAGUGGUUGCUUCUUAAUAUGUUAAAAGUCAGUUAUAUCACUUUAUUAUUUUCUUGAAUUGUAAUAGUAGUGUUGAUGUCACUGAUGGUAAUUUUUGUGCUAUGUAUUGUUCUAGUUGUGUAAGAUAAAUUAUGUAUUACGUUGGAGUGAUUUUUCAUAUGCUAUUUAUUGGUAAGAAAUAGUAUGUUCUGGCAUUCGGAGUCUCAUAGCGUUAAUGUGCUAUCUGUUGGCAGCUGCAUAUAUUACAUACCAUGUGAAGCUGUCACUGUGAUUGAUUUUAUAAUUUAAGGAUAAUAUGGUUUGUGUCUGUUUCUCAACAUCCGGACUGAAGAGUCUCUAAUUAAUUUAUUACGGUUAUAUUAUUAGCUCUUUCGUAACAGUAGAAAUACUGAGUUUAUAUCUACAGGCAUACCCUGCUUUACAUACACUCACUUUAAGUACACUCGCGAGUACAGACAUUCCUGCGCCUCUUCUGUCCGUGAGUGAACAGGAAAUGGAAGGUUCUAUUCUCGCACGGAUCAGCUCAGUUCAGUGUCUUUGGCACAGGUGAAUCAGCUAAAAUUUAGAAUGUCUACUCCUAGCUGAACAUAUAUAUAUUUUUUCUGCCCCUACAUUGUCCAUAUACUGCAAUCGGCGCCAUCCAGUGAAAGGGCUUACCCUGCCAUUUUCUAUAGCUAUGACUUAACAGCUUAGCUGCAUUAGCCACAAUUCUGAGGAUUCAAAGUUAAAACAUAAAUGCUUAAAGUGAUGAAGAGGUGUUUCUAAACAAAGUAUGCAACUAAGCUGCUAACAAAUACAAAGGCUGUUUAAGGUUGUCAGAUAAGUAAAAAGAUAAAUGGUACAAUCUGGAAUUAGAUUUUUCUUUUUACUGUUUGUUUUAACUGAAUAAAAGCUGACUGGAAAUCACUAAAUAGAUCACUGGAAAUAAAAUCACUGGAAAUCUGCAGUUGCAGUAUCAGUUAUGCAUGUAAAUUACUAUUGCAAUGCAGUACAUGCAUUGGGAAGUGAAAAAAGGUAUUGCUUCACUUUAAGUACAUUUUCGUUUUACAUACAUGCUCUGGUCCCAUUGUGUAAUUAAAAGUGGGGUAUGCCUGUAUAUGGUGAUAAUGAAUAGCAAUUUUUGUGUAUUCUACGUUGUUCAGUUAGUGCGCCAUCUGUUGGCAGUAGUGUGUAAUCUCUAAUGUAAUAUUACUCAUGCGCCAUCUGUUGGCAGUAGUGUGUAAUCUCUAAUGUAAUGUUACUCAUGCGCAUCUGUUGGCAGUAGAGUGUGUAAUCUCUAAUGUAAUGUUACUCAUGCGCCAUCUGUUGGCAGUAGAGUGUGUAACCUAUAGACUGUAAACUUGUUUGAGCAGGGUCAUGUUCAACCUAUUGUUCCUGACCUGUAAGUUUUCUUAUAAUAGUUAACCCCUUAAGGACGGCGGGCGUGCUAUGCCAUCCUUGGGGACCCGGAUCUAAACGCUGGGGGGCGGCAUAGCACGCCCUCACCGUCCUUUCUACUUACCCUAUCACUAUAUAUAUAUACUUAUAUAUAAAUUUAAAAAAUUAUAUACAUAAAUAUAUAUACACGUGUGUGUGUGUGUGUGUGUAUAUAUAUAUAUAUAUAUAUAAUUAGGUCAUUUUAUUAAUUACAAUUUGUGGGACCUGCCUGACAACCCAGGCCAAAAGUCCAGGGAAUUUAAUUUGCUAGCACUAUAUUUAACCCUGUAACUUUCCAAGACACCAUACAACCUGUACAUGAUGGGUACUGUUUUACUCGGAAGACUUCGCUGAACACAAAUAUUAGUGUUUCAAAACAGUAAAAUGUAUUACAAAGAUUAUAUCGUCAGUGAAAGUGACAUUUUUUGCAUUUUUCACACACAAAUGGCACUUACACGGACGAUAUAAUUGUUGUGAUACGUUUUACUGUUUUGAAACACUAAUAUUUGUGUUCAGCGAAGUCUCCUGAGUAUAACAGUACCCAUCAUGUACAGGUUGUAUGGUGUUUUCAAAAGUUACAGCGUCAAAUAUUACGCUUGCGUUUCACUUUUUUCACAUUGAAAUUCGCCAGAUUGGUUAUGUUGCCUUUGAGACCGUAUGGUAGCCUAGGAAUGAAAAUUACCCCAAUGAUGGCAUACCAUUUGCAAAAGUAGACAACCCAAGGUAUUGCAAAUGGGGUAUAUCCAGUCUUUUUUUAGUAGCCACUUAGUCACAAACACUGGCCAAAACUGGCAUUCAAAUUAGUUUUUGGCAAUUUUCACACACAAACAAAUAUUAACACUAACUUUGGCCAGUAUUUGUGACCAAGUGGCUACUAAAAAAAGACUGGAAAUACCCCAUUUGCAAUACCUUGGGUUGUGUACUUUUGCAAAUGGUAUGCCAUCAUGGUGGUAAUUCUCAUUCCUGGGCUACCAUAGGGUCUCAAAGGAAAUGUAACCAAUCUAGCGAAUUUCAAUGUGAAAAAACUGAAAAAUGUAACAUGCUAUAUUUGACCCUGUAACUUCUUAAAACACCAUAAAACCUGUAUUUAGGGGGUACUGUUUUACACGUGAGACAUCGCUGAAUACAAAUAUGCGCAUUUUAGUGCAGUAAAAUCAAACAAUAUUAUGACAUUCACAGUUAAAAUAUCACCUAGAACUAAACAUUUUUUUAAAAUUCUUAUUUUCUCCAAUUUUUUUAUAUAUUAUUCAUAUUAAAUUAUGUUUCAUACCUAAAUAUUUUAUGAUAAAUGAAAGCCCUGUUUCCCAUGAAUAAAAUUAUAUAUAAUAAGGGUGGGUGCACAUAAUAUGAAAGAGGCGAAUUACGCCUGAACAGACAUAUAGCGCAAAUUCAAGUUUUUGUUUACAUUUGUUUUUUUAUCACAAUGUGUACUCACGUUUGUCUCCGUCCUUAAGGGGUUAAAUCCCCCUCUCAUAAUAUUGUAAAGCGCUACGAAUCUGUUGGCACUAUAUAAAUGGCAAUAAUAAUUUCUAAUGUAAUAUUACUCAUGCACCAUCUGUUGGCAGGAAAGAGUAAUUUCUGUAAUCUGAUAUCACUCUUCUUGCGCCAUCUGUUGGCAGGAAAGUGUAAUUUCUGUAAUUUAAUAUCACUCUUGCGCCAUCUGUUGGCAGGACAGAGUAAUUUCUGUAAUCUAAUAUCACUCUUGCGCCAUCUGUUGGUAGCUGUGUUUAUUUCAUUUCCUUUGAAACCACAUUCAGUUUAUUUUUCUCUUGCAUGUUACCUGUACUAAAAUGGUUUGUGUCUUCUUAACAUCCAGAGGGGUGAGGGGUAGUACUUACCAUCUACAUUAGUUUAUAUAAAGUUCAGUCCCCUGUGUCCCUGUGCAUUGGAUCAAAUUUACACAUGGGGUAAACUCAGUUAAUCCCUUCAUGACUAAUUUCGUUCAAUAAUCUAGACUUUGCCAGAAACUAAAGUUUGGUAUAUUAUUUACUGAUCAAUACAAAAUUUUGCCCAGUGCUGUUUUUUGCUGAAUAAUCAAUCAUUAUUAGACUUAGUAAGAUUUUGGGAAGCAUAGUUGCUGUCAUUUCCAUAGGCUGUUAUCACACUCUGAAUUUCCUGUGUUACAGCACAGAGUGGGUGCCGUACAAUGUAACAUAGUCUAUAAACAGUACUGCAGCAUUUGUAAUAGGGAUAGGAAGCUGCUAGACCAGGUAGGUACAAGGUGGCUCUAAGGUAGACGCUAAACUAAAGCUAUGACGAUUGUGGUACCUUGUCACACCAUUCGUAUUAUUUGGCAUUUUAUAUUUUUUCGAUUACAGUUAUAUUUUGUAUUCUAACCAACAGAGACUAUUCAGCCCUUGUAUUAUAUAAUCUUGAAAAUGCUGCUCGAAUUGUUGUAAAAGUGAAAUACUCUGUACUUUGUGUGCAGACAUAAAGCAUUUCAAAAAUAAAACGAGCACUCUAUGUCUUUUGGACCUAACUUUGAAUGUAUUUUAUGUAUAAAGCAUGAAAAUAUGCAAUAUAAAUAGCAAGAUACAGGGUUUUAGGCAUGUGCAUUGAUUUCAUGUAUCAUUAAUAUGUACCUGUGAUCCCCUCUACAAUUUAUACUCAUUUUAAAGAGCAUAAGAUUUCAUCUAUACAUAUACAGCUAUGUGACAGUCUGCAGACCAACUGCAGCAGGACUGGGCUGGCCAUCGGGCAAAUGUCCAAGGGUCGAUAUGGUCAUGGGCUUAGGCCCACAGGGGAAAAUAGUGGAUCUCCCCUGCUGCACCGGCACUAUCUAUGCACUGGCCCUGCUGUGUGCUUUCACAGGCUGGUGGGAGAUCUCUCUCACUGGCACUUUAAAAUCUGCAUAGGGAGAGGAGAACCUAGGGGUCCAGCAGCUUCGCCGGGUUUCUCAUGUGUGCUUGGAGCGUUGCUGCUGUUACAACAAUAAUGCUCGGAGGCUAAAUCACGUGAACGUGAACUCUAGCAGCAGGAGCUGCAGGCUAGAGUUCACUCACCACCGGACCACCAGGGCUUAAGCAAUAGAAACAUAGAAUGUGACGGAAGAUAAGAACCAUUCAGCCCAUCUAGUCUGCCCAAUUUUCUAAAUACUUUCAUUAGUCCCUAGCCUUAUCUUAUAGUUAGGAUAGCCUUAUGCCUAUCCCACGCAUGCUUAAACUCCUUUACUGUGUUAACCUCUACCACUUCAGCUGGAAGGCUAUUCCAUGCAUCCACUGCCCUCUCAGUAAAGUAAUACUUCCUGAUAUUAUUUUUAAACCUUUGUCCCUCUAAUUUAGGACUAUGUCCUCUUGUUAUGGUAGUUUUUCUUCUUUUAAAAAAAGUCUCCUCCUUUUCUGUGUUAAUUCCCUUUAUGUAUUUAAAUGUUUCUAUCAUAUCCCCUCUAACUUUGUAAAAUUAAUAUAUUUACCUCCAUCUGCCUCCCCACACAAGUACCAAUCCCAGCACAUUCACACACUGCACCCCUCACACAUACUGCCGUCCGGAUUUAUUUCCAUUUCUGGGGACACCAUGGAACUGUCUUUGGGCAGAAGAGCAUGAGCGCAUCAUACAGACACUAGAACCAUGCAGAGAGAGCUGCAGCAUGUAUGCUGGGGGCCAGCAUAUAUCAGUGAUUGGGUAGGCUUAAAAGAACACUCCAUUGAAAUAUGUACCACCCACUAUUUAGUAGAUCUAUAUAUACCAAAAUAAACAAGCUGUAAUGUGUGUGAUAACCAGGGUAGAGGCUGAGUGGUAGCUGUAGUGUGUGUGAUAACCAAGGUAGAGGCUGAGUGUGGGGUGAUAGUAGCUGUAGUGUGUGUGAUAACCAAGGUAGAGGCUGAGUGUGGGGGGAUAGUAGCUGUAGUGUGUGUAAUAGCCAGGGUAGAGGCUGAGUGUGGGGGUAUAGAAACUGUAGCGUGUGUGAUAGCCAGGGUAGAGGCUGAGUGUGGGGGGAUAGUAGCUGUGUGUGAUAACCAAGGUGAGGCUGAGUGUGGGGGGAUAGUAGCCAGCCAGGAGGCUGAGUGUGGGAUAGUAGCUGUAGUGUGUGUGAUAGCCAGGGUGAGGCUGAGGGUGGAUGAGUAGGGGAUAGUAGCUGUAGUGUGUGUGAUAACCAAGGUAGAGGCUGAGUGUGGGGGGAUAGUAGCUGUAGUGUGUGUGAUAGCCAGGGUAGAGGCUGAGUGUGGGGGGAUAGUAGCUGUAGUGUGUGUGAUAGCCAGGGUAGAGGCUGAGUGUGGGGGGAUAGUAGCUGUAGUUAUUAUUAUUGCCAUUUAUAUAGCGCCAACAGAUUCCAUAGUGCUUUACAAUAUUAUGAGAGGGGGCUUUAACUAUAAAUAGGAAAAUUACAAAAAAACUUACAGGUUGAAGAGGAUCUUGCUCAAACGAGCUUACAUUCUAUAGGAGGUGGGGUGUAAAACACAAUAGGACAGGAAUUUGCAAUUAAAUAAGGUGGGAGUGAGGCAGAGCUGGAGGAGAGUAGAGUGCUGCCCUUUAGGAGAGAGCAAGAGACAGGUAUGUGAGGUAGAGGUUAGUCUGGGAGGCCAUAGGCUUUCCUAAAGAGAUAGGUUUUAAGGCACUUCUUAAACGAUGCAAGACUAGGGGUGAGUCUGAUGGAGGUAGGCAGGUUAUUCCAUAGGAAGGGAGCCGCCCGCGAGAAGUCCUGCAAGCGUCAGUUGGCCGUACAGGUGCGAAUAACGGACAGGAGAUGGUCACGGGCAGAGCGGAGAGACCGAGAAGGGUAUGGAUCUGUGAAGAGAUAUGAGGGGCUAGAAUUGUUCAGUUCUUUAUAGGUGUGAAUUAGUACCUUGAAUUGACUCCUAUAGCACACAGGAAGCCAGUGUAAGGACUGACAGAGGGGUGAGGUGUGAGAGAACCGACUAGAGAGGAAAAUCAGUCUGGCGGCAGCGUUCAUUAUGGACUGCAGCCGUGCAAUACGGCUUUUAGUGUGUGUGAUAACCAGGGUAGGGGCUGAGUGUGUGAGGGGUGGGAAUAGGAGGCAUCUCUACAAACAUUCAAUACGCCAUAUUGACACACAUUACUCAAGCAGCCUACCCCACAUACACAACCUCCACAAAUACAAAACCAGACAGUGAGUGUGAUUCAAUGAGUUGGAGACACAGUGAGAGUCACAUAGAGAGGGAGUGUGGGACAGUGGGAUUGUAAUACAGAGAGUGUGUGAUGCAGACAGUGGGAGAGACAAUGAGUGAGAGACAGUGAGUGACAGUGAGUUUGAUGCAGACAGAAAGAGACAGUGAGUGACAGAAUGUGAUUCAGACAGUGGGAGAGACAGUGAGUGACAGACAGAGAGUGUGAUUCAGACAGUGGGAGAGACAGUGAGUGAGAGACAGUGAGUGACAGUGAGUUUGAUGCAGACAGAAAGAGACAGUGAGUGACAGAAUGUGAUUCAGACAGUGGGAGAGACAGUGAGUGACAGACAGAGAGUGUGAUUCAGACAGUGGGAGAGACAGUGAGUGUGAUGCAGUGAGUGACAGUAUCCAUGUUGUCUAUCACAGAGGCUCCAACUGAUUUGAGUUCCCUGCCUCUCUCUGUAUCAUGUGACCUCAGUAUAACUUGGUCCAUGUGACAUCACAGCUCCUAUAGCUGGGAACUAGCCACUAUCUGCUUCUCUUUGUAUCACUGAUAAUGUUAGAAUCCCUCCAAUCAGAGCUUCCUUUAUAAACUGCUUCUAGAAUGUGACUGUGUGACUGGGAGCAGUGUGAGAGUUCGGGGAGAAUCCUGCAAACUGAAAGCUGUGCUCUCAUUGGCUAGUGGGCGUGUCAAAUGCAAAAUAAGCCAUUCUGUUAUUUCACUCCAACAAUCAUGUCACUAAUGUAUAAAACUAUUGAAAAAUCCUCUGGAACAGUUCAGGUAUUAUUCUCCAAAAUGUUGUUUGAUACUAUUGUUUAUAUUUGUGUAAAUGUGAAAUGUACAGAAUGUCACCACAUGUUUAAUAGAAACCUUUUGCAGCCGGUUCUUUGCUUGUAGUAGCUGUUCCUUAAGACUAUACUUUCAGGGAUCAUUUCUAUAGUUUGUAACUGGUGAAAUGUGCUCUAAAGUGUCCAAACUCAGUACCCACGAGGAAGAGCUAGAGUGUUUUCUCCUGAGCGUGAAGUGGGCUUCCAGUGCUGCUUUGUUGUAGCUGCUGGUUGCUGUUGAUGAUCGUUCCUCUUUCCUUAUUUGGAGAGUUGGAGGGAGAGAACACAAGCUGAGUGGCUACUAUAUCUCUGGUUAAAAAUAAAUAAGGUUUGUUUGAAACUCUUCCUCCGUUCGGAGAAUUUCAUUUAGGUUACUACAAUGAAAUUUUGUUCUUGUAACGUGCAACAUUGUAGUUUUUAAUUUUAUUAUAGUUCAAUCCGAUUAAGUGGCACUGUAUGUUACAGAUUAAGAAUAAAGCAAAUAAUUGAUUUUUAUUAAGGAUAACUGUUUAGCGCCAUGGUUUUAGGAAUUUAUCAUUAUUGGCUGUAUUAUAUUGAUGUUUGGUGACAACUGUUCUUCUCUUUGCAAAAAAUAAUUUGUGCGCCAUCUGUUGUUCUGCUGUCUGUAAUCUAAUCUAACAGCAUUCAUGCGCCAUCUGUUGGCAGGAAAGUGUAAUAUCUGUAUUCUAACAGCAUUCAUGCGCCAUCUGUUGGCAGCUUCAUGUAUUUUAUUACAUUUUUAACACAGUCGCAGUGAUUGAAUAUUUCUUUCCUGUCCUCAUGUUGAAAAUGUUUGUGUUUGCUAUUUACCUUCCAGAGGGGGAGGGGCAAUUAUUAUCUAUAGUGAAAACUAAUUUGAUAAAUUUAUAGUAAGUACUAAUUUUAAUUCUAGCUUACUUUUAUUUAUCAUGAGAUUUUGUGCAAAAUCAAGGUUACAGAGUAACAGUAUACUACAUAUAUAGCACAUCAUUUAUUAUUACAUGUGUUUAUUAAAGGAUCACUAUAGUGUCAGUGACUUCAGCCACUUACAUUAAUCCAGCCCCGGGCUCCCUCGGCGCUGGUGACCCCUCCUCCCUUUCCGACGUCAGCUCCCCUGGCCAACGUCUAUGGACGCUCUGCGCGAUGGAGGCGAAAUUAUUCUCCAGCGUCGCAGAUGUGCCUCUAGUGGCUAGAGGCUGGAUUAACCCCAAAUGUAAACAUGUUUGCAUCUGAAGGGGUAAAACCUGAAGGACCUGGCACCCAGACCACUUCUUUGAGCUGAAGUGGUCUGGGUGACUAUAGUGUCCCUUUAAGCAGCUACUGUCUGUCUCCAUCAUCUACUUAGAGCUUUAUGAAAUACAUUAUUGCAUGUAUAGUAAUAAUUUUUAACGAUAAAAAAACAGGUCCUAGAGGUAAACAAUUUGUCUACAGAUUUUCUUUCAAUCCAGUAACACAAAUAAAAACUGAUUUUUCCAAUUGAAAAAGAGCUUUAUUGCUUAAACAACAAUGCUGUUCAUGUCAUCCAUCAAACAGUACAAGACACAUCAAUGCAUAUCUGUAUUAUGGCAUUCUAACAGAUACAAAUGCUAGUAUACAUACAUAAUUAUACCACGAAUGAUGCAUUAACCCACACACACUCACACAAUUGUUUGAAGUUUCUCAUAGUGAGGUUAAAGUGGGUAAAGUAACCGACUUCUGAGACCAAGUUAUUGUUGUUGUUGUUGCUGUUUGGCUUGUAUUGUGUGGCUUUUGUUAAUGAAAUGAAGUUUCCUCAGCUCUCUGGCUAUCUCAUUCCAGUCUAUCAUCUAAUUCUACACAUCUCUACACAGCAAUGGCUUAUGGGAUACAUACUUUAUCCCCUACACAAAGUACCAGGCAAACUGUUCUAUAAACUGAUAGCAGCCAUUAUGUAACUGCUAUCACUUUACACGUUGCUCUGUCAUGCUAUCAUAUUGGCAUGCCCAGUUAAUAGCUCAGCCCAUUAUAUUACUACAUAGCUUGGUCAGAGUUUCAAAGCACCCAGGGAAUUGGACACAUAGAUAUACAAUCUCAGACACACAAAUCUCCCCUUUGAUCUAUCCUGUGAGUGUGUCUGCAAUGCAUGUCUGUCUGUGAAUGUGUGUGUGUUUCUCUAUCUGGGUGCAUGUGUCAGGGUGUCUCUGUGAGAGUGUCUGCCAUGUAUGUCUGUCUGUGAAUGUGUGUGUGUUUCUCUAUCUGGGUGCAUGUGUCAGGGUUUCUCUGUGAGAUUGUCUGCCAUGUAUGUCUGUCUGUGAAUGUGUGUGUUUCUCUAUCUGGGUGCAUGUGUCAGGGUGUCUCUGUGAGAGUGUCGCCAUGUAUGUCUGUCUGUGAAUGUGUGUGUUUCUCUCUCUGGGUGCAUGUGACAGGGUGUCUCUGUGAGAGUGUCGCCAUGUAUGUCUGUCUGUGAAUGUGUGUGUUUCUCUCUCUGGGUGCAUGUGUCAGGGUGUCUCUGUGGGAGUGUCUGCCAUGUAUGUCUGUCUGUCUGUGAAUGUGUGUGUUUCUCUCUCUGGGUGCAUGUGUCAGGGUGUCUCUGUGAGAUUGUCUGCCAUGUAUGUCUGUCUGUGAAUGUGUGUGUUUCUCUCUCUGGGUGCAUGUGUCAGGGUGUCUCUGUGAGUGUGUAUCUCUGUCUCAGGGUGUUUGUGAGGAGCUCCAAGAAUUCUGAAGGCAGCCUUGGUAAAGAUAAAGGUUCACUCUGUAGAGAUUUGUUUUUUUAGAACCAGGCAUUGUCCCGCUGCACCAAAAUCUACUGUGUGAACCAGGCCAGAUACUCCAUGUACACAAAUCUGUUGCCUGAAUGAGGCUGUGUGGCCCCACUAGGCACUAGCAUAUGUGCCAAGACGUUCCAGUAAUUGUGCUUUGAAUAACUUUAGAAGUGCAUACCUUUAUACUAAUUUACAGUUUCAUAAUUCUCCUCUGGUUUGCCAAGAACAUUGUGAAUUAAUAACCUGACUGAUCAAUGUCCAGUGUAUGACUAUCGCAAGUAAAGUGACAAAGUGUCAGGUGAUAAACUUUUGGGUUAAAUUUUAAAAAAAUAAUAAUUUAUUCUGACCUUAUAUUUGUUCUACCAGCACCCUUUCUCUAAUUUGUGCACACAUCCUUUAGCAGAGUAACACCAUGGAGAAGAUGACGUACAAUAGGUUACGUGUAGCUGUGAUCGGAGCUGGGGCAGCUGGUCUCUGUGCGGCCAGACAUCUUCUUUCAAACCCUCACACCUUCCAACCUCCAGUGGUGUUUGAGACGUCUGGUCAGGUAGGUGGAACCUGGGUGUACACAGAGGUGUCAGAGACUGAAACCCACCAACACUCCAGCAUGUACAGAAACUUAAGGUAAGGAAAGCUUUCAUGCCAUGUAUGACUGAGUGGCAAUGACAUGUUGAAUGGGUUAAAGGGUCAGUCCCGUGUAAAGUGAUCUAAUGACAGUAACACGUUUAAUGGGUAAAAGUUUUAGACUUGUGUAACGUGACCUAAUACCAGUGACAUGUUUAGGUCAGUUUAUGUGGACUGACCCUUGUUAAGGAAAAUAACAUCUUAAAUAACAUUUAAUGUAAAUUAUACACCCUUUCAAUUGUUGUAGGACCAACCUUCCAAAAGAGAUCAUGGAGUUUCCUGAUUUCAGCUUUGACCCAUCACUUCCGUCUUUCAUCCAUCACAGUGAAGUUUUACGGUACCUGGAAGAAUACACAGACAACUUCAACAUACGGCCACACAUAAGGGUAAGACAUUUAUUGGCCCGAUUCUGACAUCUGGUCCAGGUAAAUCUUAUAUUGAUACAUAUUAUUCAGACAUAACUUAAUACCUAUGGGACUUGCUGUAGCGGAGCUCCCUUUACACCAGCUGGGUACCUCCGCCAAGGAUCACUUCCUAGCUGGAACCGAGAAAACCUCAGUGCUUCUGCACCAGUCACUGUGGCUUGACUGGAGUCCUCUUGGAGCCUCUCCGUCCUGGAAUAGUAUAGGGACUGGUCCACACACAGUCCUGGGAGCUAUAUUUCCCCCGCUGAAUCCUCCAUGAGCUGGACCAGUGAUUAUAGCCCUUCCCAUCUCAGUAACUAGACGACACAUAGUUCUGGGAGUACAACUGCUUUUAAUGAGCCAAACUUGGCCUUCUAUGCACAGAUCCCAUAAGGGUGUGUCUAAACAAUACAACACAAGCCCCUCCCAGGAAUCUCUGUGCCAGGGAGAGAAUUGAGUUAAAGACCGGUAAGCUAAUUAUCUCCCAGGAACAGAGAGCCAGGAACAGAGAGCCAAACACAAAAAUAUAAAAACAUAAAACAUAAUGUACAGUAACCCCACAUGUCCUACAUCCCCAAACAGCCCUGAUCUGAGUGCCCAAGUUGUCCAAAUAGCGCUCAAAUUCAUGCAGUGUAGGGGAAACGCCACCGUGUCAAAGUUAUGACCAGCUGCACACGUGGUCAUAUGCCCAAAAUAGUUCCAGGGUGUUUGGUGCUUUUAUCGGUCAAAUUUCGAAAGCUCCGCCGGGCGAAAUGCAGGGUGCUCUGCCUGGCUCUCAGAGAGCAUUUGUUCCCCUUAGUCUCAGGCACCUUCCCUCCGCAAAGCGCUCUCCUGGCGGGUCGCAAAGUGGUCAAAACCCCACAAGUUGCCCGGGAACUGCAAGGUCACCUCAUGCUGAAAUUAGUUCCAUACUGGUCACGGCUAAAUACCGCUGAGGACCAUUCGUGGAGUUAUUCUUGUGAAUGGCCGCCAGGAAGCUAGUGUUCGGUUCAAUUCCAGAGAAGGGAAAGUGCCAAACCAGGGGCACCGAGGGUAAGCUGCUAUUGACAGCUGGGCAGCAUCACUCCCGAACAGGGUCUCCGGCCUGGACCAUAGGUGGGCAGAAGCCCAGCUUCCACACUCCUACAGGAGUCCUCGACAAACGUUCGUAUAAAAGAACAUUUGACACACAUGCCAAUUUUGUCUUAUAAUGUUACCUCUUUCUGAGCUGCAAAUAUGCAGGAUCUGGUACAUUUAGAACUGAUCAUUAUAUAAUCUCAGUACCACUAGAAGACUUGGUAGAGAGAAAGCAAUGCAUGAAAAGCAGCUCUUGAAUUCAUAUGGGGUAUAUUGAGCUAUGAAUUGGAAAAUCGGCAAACUUCACCCCGCUAAUUUACAGAUAUUGUACAUUAGGGGGUAUGAAUUUAGGAUGGUAGGUCGUAGGACAGGAACCAACCAGUAAUUCAAUCUUUGCUAGGAUAUAAAAACACCCCAGACAUGAAUCCAAAAAUUAUUUGGUAAUUCCAUCCUAAAGCCCCACCCCGGUCCCUCACAAAACUCCACUCCAUAGCACAUUUACAAUUACUUACAGACACACACAGACACAGCUGGGCAGACACACAUAGACUGGCACACACAGGCACAGAUCGGAAAACACAGGCACAGACAGGCAUAGACUGACACAGACAGAUAGUUACAAACACACAGACACAUACACACAGAGACAAAUAGAUAGGCAUAGACAGACACACAGACAAGCACACUCAGACAUAGAAAAAGGCAUAAAGGACAGUAAUACCUUCAAGGCAAUGUGUUCAGGACCUAGUUCACUUUUAUAUGGCUUGAUUGGUGCAAUUUGAUAUAAUAAUUAUGUCGACAUCUGAGACAAUUGAUAGUAGCAGAGAGAAAAUAUGUGUGGUGUGUAUACCUUUAAAUCUGCUAAAGGCAGAUUCUAUCUGUUACACACCAAAUAUUCUGCUUAAUAUAAAGCAACUACUUAUUACAGAAUAACAACAUCAGGAACAUCAAGAGUAGUUAUCUGUAUGGUAUUAUUAUACACACAAUUAUAUAUGGUGUGUUUAGCUUUAAAUCAUCUGGUGGCACACUAAAUGGUGCAAAAAGCAAUGUUUAACUUACAAUAGAGAGAUAUAUAAAACACUUAAUCUCUAUACUUAAAAUCAAAUUAAAACAAGUUAAUGAAAAUUCCAAAAAAACACUAUAAGAAAAAGUAUUAAAAAUGAUGUAAAAAGUUAUUCGUAAUGUAUUCAAAGAGUAAAUAAAAGAAUAGUUAAAAAUAUAUAAAAUAUAAUAAAGGUAAAAAGUACAAAAAAUGAGAGCCAGGAACGGUCCACAAGUCAAUUGCCAGCACAAAUAUUGUUCAUAUACCCUGAUAUCCACUGUAACUAAUGAGGAUUACAUUGGAUACUGUGUGUCAGGACUGAAUGAUUGUACUUGCCGGCUGCUGCGAGGUUGGCGUGCGUCCCAAACCUCACUUUGAUUGUCAGAUACCGGCAGUCCGUCGGUCCCCAGAUCGUGAAAACUAUGCGGGGAAAGAAGCCGUUCUUUCUGCUGGCAGCUGGCUGUUCUUCGUAUCCUGCUCACUCUCAAUCUGUUAGCCUGUCUUACGCGUUUCGUGGGUGUCAGCCCCACUUCCUCAGAGACAUGAUGGAAUUCUGUCUGGAUGUACAUCUUAUAUACAAAACUAAUAAAUGAGCAAAUAAACCGAUAUUCUACAUGUGUGGCUUGUUGAAUAAACAUAAUGAUACUAUUGGAAUUAAUACAUAUACAUUAGUUGGAAACAUCAUAAAAAUUAAAACUUACAAAAAAGUUUAUAAACUAAAUACAAUGAAAAUUUAUACAUUGAGAAUUGUUAGUUUAGUGGUAUGGAAUUGAUAAGCUAUUUAAAAUAAAAAAUUAAGUUGGAAUGGAAGUUUAAAAUAAACAGAUGUUUAGAAGUAAAUAUAUAUACCCUUAAAAAUCACUAUUUGGGGAUAUUUAAAAUGGUGAAUUGUAAUCAUAUGUGAAAAUAUAUAAAAAUAUGAGAGACAUCUCUCAUAUUUUUAUAUAUUUUCACAUAUGAUUACAAUGAUUUUGAAUUGCUGAAUUUCACAAAUAGCAAUUUUCGUCAAAUAUUUAUUAACGUUUUAAAAUAAUAUAAUAUAUCAUACAACAUUGGCAUAUACAUAAUGACUUAUAAACCAUUGUCAAAACUAAACAAGCAAAUAGCAAUUUUAACAGCAAUUAAUGCGUUAACCUUGUUCGCUGCUCUAGGGCAGUGAUGGCGAACCUUUUUGAGCCCGAGCGCCCAAACCGCAAUACAUGCCAACUUUUUUUCCUCAAAGUGCCAACACGGCAAUUAAACCUGAAUACUGAGGUUUAAGUGUAGAAAAAAACUACUCGUACAGUUGUCCGAACUAAUUAACAACUUUUGUUUUAAAAGAAGAACACAACAGAGAGUUCAAUGAUACAAAUUUUAAAUAAUGAUAUAAAUAGAUAAAAUUAAGCUUAUAUUUAUUAGUAUCUCCAACAAAUGCAAUACAUACACACAGACAGCUGAACACAUUCACACACCGGCUGCUAAAUUCAUACACACACCGUCCGCUAAAUACAUACACACACCGACUGCUAAAUACAUUUACACACCGGCUGCUAAAUACAUACACACUGUCCGCUAAAUACAUACACACACACACGGUCCGCUAAAUACAUACACACCGUCCGCUAAAUACACAUACAGACAGAUUGCUGAAUACACAUACAGACAGACAGCUGAAUACACACAGACUGCUAAAUACAUACACUGCUGAAUACACACACACAGUCUUCUGAAUACAUACACUGCUGAGUACACACACACUGCUGAGUACACACUCACAGACUGCUGAGUACAUACACUCACAGACUGCUGAAUACACACACACUGAGUAUACAGAGACUGCUGAAUACAUACACACACACACACACAGACGGCUGAGUAUACACAAAGACUGCUGAAUACAUACACUGCUGAAUACACACACACAGUUUGCUGAAUACAUACACUGCUGAGUACACACACACACAAACACACAGACUUCUCUAUAUAUCCACACACACUGCUGAGUACACACACACUGCUGAAUACAUACACACACAGACUGCUGAAUACGUACACUGCUGAAAACACACACAGAGUCUGCUGAAUACAUACACUGCUGAGUACACACACACACACAGACUGCUGAAUACAUACACACACACUGCUGAAUGCACACACACACACACACACACACACACACACACACAGACUGCUGAAUACAUACACACACACUGCUGAAUGCACACACACACACACACAGACUGCUGAAUACACACACACACACAGACUGCUGAAUACACCCACAAAGACUGCUGAGUACACACAGACUGCUGAAUACACGCACUGCUGAGUACACACAGUCUGCUGAAUACAUACACACACACAGACUGCUGAAUACAUACACACAGACAGACUGCUGAAUACACACACAGACUGCUGAAUACACACACACACACAUACUGCUGAAUACAUACACUGCUGAAUACACACACACACAGUCUGCUGAAUACAUACACUGCUUAGUACACACACAGACUGCUGAGUACAUACACACAAUCUGCUGAAUACAUACACACUCACACACACAGACUGCUGAAUACACACACUCACAGACUGCUGAGUACACACACACACAGACUGUUGAAUAUACGCACACACAGACUGCUGAAUACACACACACACAGAGACUGCUGAGUACACACAGUCUGCUGAAUACAUACAGACACAGACUGCUGAAUACACACAUACAUACUGCAUUGAGGGGUGCAGUGUAUGUGUUUGUGUGUAAGGGUGUGGAGUGCUGUGUGUGUGUCUGAGGGGUACUGUGUGUAGGGGUGCUGUGUUGGGGGUUAGGGGUGCUGUGUGGGGGGGGUAAGGGUGCUGUGUGGGGGGUAGGGGUGCUGCUGUGGGGUGCUGUGCUGUGUGGGGGUAGUGUGCUGUGGGGGUGGGUAGGGUGCUGUGUGGGGUAGGGGUGCUGUGGGGGGAGGUACUGUGUGGGAGGGGUAGGGGUGCUGUGUAGGGGUAGAGGGUCUGUGUAGGGGUGCUGUGUAUGGGGUAGGGGUGCUGUGUAGGGGGUAGGGGUGCUGUGCUGUGUGGGGUAGGGGUAAAGAUACAUAAAAAAAAAAAAAGUUAUAUUAAUUCUGUAUCCCCUCUCCCUUCCUCUUACCCUUGGUGAAGGAGGGGGGACACAGCCAUCCUUGGUGGUCCGGUGGUGGUAAGUAUUGUAGGAAGCAGCUCUCCUAUCCUCCCGCGCGAUGCUGUGUGGAGCGUUGCCAUGGUAACGCGUGGCAACACUCCACACAGCUUGCUCGCAGGUGGAUAGGAGAGCUGCUUCCUAGAGCCCUCCCCCUGCCUCCCGAUCUGGAAGCAGAGUAGGUGCCUGCCGUUUCGGGCAGGCAGCUGCCUACUCUGCAGACAGCCAGCGGCCCCCUCUCCCGGCGACGUAAGGCCGCGUGCCAACAGAGAGGGCCUGGCGUGCCAUAGGUUCGCCAUCACUGCUCUAGGGGUAAUUGUACACACCAAUUACACCAUUUGUAAUAUGGCUAUGCAUAUGUUUAGAUAUCUCAAGGCCACACAGGGUACAUUUUGAUCAGUCUACUGGCACUGAAAGAGCACCUGUCAUGGUAACCAUAGCUUUGUCUUAUAUGUAUAUAUAUAUUUAAUGACCUUUACUGCUCUGGACCCACCCUACCUGUCAGUCAUAUCCUAGGCAUUAGCCCUGAGUGCUCAACCUACCUUGCCUGUUGCUGCAGUUUCACUCGGAGCAAUCACAUCAUCAGGCAACUUAGGUUGAGCAGAACUAGAUUUGAUCCAAUAUGGCUGCUCAGCCAGAUGAAAAAAAAAAAGUGAAAUUCUCUCAAGAAAAUCAAUAUACGAUGUUUAAAAGAAUAUAAUAAAAAAAUGUAAUAAAUAAAUGAGAAGUGAAAAUUUGCUGACCGUUGUACUUUAAAUGAAUAACCCAUGUGGCCCAGUCUUAUUUAUUGUUUACAUAUAGUUGCAGGAAGGGUUGAGUGGUUGCAAGAUCUGUUCAGGGUCUUAUAAUAUUUUCUUCUUUUUGUUAUAGUUUAAUUGCAGCGUGACUGAAGUCUCUCCUGUAUUGAAGGAUGGGGAGCAUGGUCAGGUGCCAUGGGAAGUGUCAUCUCACACUCAGGGAAGCCCUCACCCUGUGACCGAGAGGUUUGAUGCAGUUAUGGUGUGUGCAGGGUAAGAAUUGUUCAUCUCUCUAAUCUGUGUUUACGUCUGUGUGAUUCCUGUGUCUGUGUGUCUGUCUGUGUCUGUCUGUCCCUGGGGUCCAGUGGUGGCUCAGGCUGAUGGGAGUCAGAGAUCCCACUCUGACCACCUCCUCUCCUUCAUCCCGCAUGGCUCCUGGUGUAAGCUGGGAGGAGUGACCGGGGCCGUCAAUUCCUCCAAGCUCUGACAUCAUCAGAGGGGGCCCAGUCGUGCUGUUAAAGCCCCCUGGAAAUUUAUUGCCAUCGGUUGGCACCUGUCUUGCAAAGAUGAGCUGAAAUUGAGAAAUCAUUGGGAAGUCCACAGAAAGAAAGAAGGGAAGGGCUUGCAGUGACUGUAGAUACUAGAUUUGCAUCUAUUGGAAGCCAAGAUUUCAUACAGCUCCAAAGAAAACACGCAAAACAAAUCUUUGGAGUAUAUCUAUUUAAUUGGCUUAUUCAUUAAUGGUACUCUACAUAUACACAGUAGUGUAUUUUGGUUUUGUGCUGCUCUAGGCCUUCCAGUCAAGGCUGCACCCCUUCCUGUUUAAGACUAACAUGCAUGUCUGACCAGCACACACUCAAUGACAGAUGCACAGUGAUUGGCACCCACCAGUGUUGUACUAAUGGGGGGGGGUGGUCCUCCCUGGGUGCCACAAGGUGGGGAGUACCACCAAGGCUGGCCAGGCUUGGGGUUCUGUGAGCUGCGUGGCUGCACAGGGUGCCAUAGCAGCAGUGGUGCCGGGCAGCCGACACAGCUCACACACAGGGGCCGGGAGCAGAAAAACUUUUUAGAGAGUUGGGGGCGGAGCCAAAUCGGACAUGAGAUGGAGCCAAAUUGGCUGCAGGGUGGAGCUAAAGUCGGCCUCCACCCACUGCAGCUACUGCUGCACACAGAGGGGAAGCAGGAAGAAGUCCCUGCUUCCUCAACUACUACACACCAGGGACUUCAGUGACUCCACUCCUUCUCCAGUAAGUGAGAGUGUGUGCUGUGUGUGUAACGAUUAUGUCUCUAUGUGACUGCGAGUGUGUGUCUGUGUGUGACUGUGUGUGUGUAACUGUCUUCCUGUGACUGUAUGUGUAACUGUCUGCUUGUGACUGUAUGUGACUAUCUUCCUGUGACUGUCUGCCUGUGACUGACUGCCUGUGACUGUGUGUGUGACUGUCUGCCUUAACAGUGUGUGUGAUUUACUGCCUGUGACUGUCUGCCUGUGACUGCGUGUACGACUCUCUGCCUGUGACUGCGUGUACGACUGUCUGCCUGUGACUGUCUACCUGUGACUGUGUGUGACUGUCUACCAGUGACUGUGUGUGUGUAACUGUCAGCGAAUGUGUGUGUGACUGUCUGCCUUGACAGUGUGUGUGAUUUACUGCCUGUGACUGCGUGCUUGACUCUCUGCCUGUGAUUGUGUGUACGACUCUGCCUGUGACUGCGUGUACAACUGUUUGCCUGUAACUGUCUUCCUGUGACUGUGUGUGUUACUGUCUUCCUGUAACUGUGUGUGUGACUGUCUGCCAGCAACUGAGUGUGUGACUGCCUGUAACUGUGUGUGUGUAACUGUCUGCCUAUGACCGCGACUGUUUGCCUCUGGCAGUGUGUGACGGUCUAUAACUGUGUGUGUGACUGUCUACCUGUGACUAUAUGUGUGACUGCAUAUCACAGUGUGUAUGAUACUGCCUGUAGCUGUGUGUGUAACUGAGUUUGACUGUGUGCGAUUGACUAUGUGCCUGGGACUGUGUGAAUGUGGCAGUACUUAACAGUAUAUGUGUAUAACUGUGUGCAUCUGACUGCAGUGAGCCGGCAGCUGGGAUAUGACGUCAUCCCGGCAUCGGCGUAAUAACAGUGCACGUGAGGGACCUGUGCAUGAAAAGCACAGAGAUCCCAGCAGCAACCACGAGCCCUCCACUCCAGCCCUCCCAGAGCAAGGCAGGAAGGUUGGAUGAACCCCUUAUUAAAUAUAUGUAUGUGAUGAUUGUGUGUGUGUACAUCUAAGUAUAUGUGUAUGUGAUUGUGUGUAUGUGAUUGUAUGUGUGUGGGUCUGUGAUUAUGUGUGUGAACGUGUGUGCAUCUCUGUGGUUAAGUGUGUGUGUUGUGAUUAUGUAUGUGAUUGUGUGUGUGUGUAGGUCUGGGAUUGUGUGUGUGUGUGUGUGUAUGUAUGUAUAUAUAUAUAUAUAUAUAUAUAUAUACACAUACACACACACACAGAGACAUACAUCUGUUGUGCUAUUGUGUGUGUGUGUAUAUAAAUGUGUAUGUGUUUAGUAGAUAGCUCCCUUAUUUGGUGUUCUUAAAUAUUGCAAUCUCACAUAAGGAUAACAAAUAAGUGAGUUAUCUACUAAACAAUUGAAAGAUUAAAAUUAAGAAAAGAUACUAAAUUAGGGUGCUGUUUAGCAGAUAGCUUCCUUAUUUGGUGUCCUUAAAGGACCACUAUAGUGCCAGGAAAACAUACUCGUUUUCCUGGCACUAUAGUGCCCUGAGGGUGCCCCCACCCUCAGCGACCCCCUCCCGCCCGGCUCUGGAAGGGGGAAAGGGGUUUAAACUUACCUUUUUCCAGCGCUGGGCGGGAGCUCUCCUCCUCCGUCCUCCUCCUCCUGGGCUGAAUGCGCCGCGCGGCAAGAGCUGCGCGCGCAUUCAGCCCGUCGCAUAGGAAAGCAUUUACAAUGCUUUCCUAUGGACGCUUGUGCUCUCACUGUGAAAAUCACAGUGAGAAGCACGCAAGCGCCUCUAGUGGCUGUCAAUGAGACAGCCACUAGAGGAUUAGGGGGAAGGCUUAACCCAUUAAUAAACAUAGCAGUUUCUCUGAAACUGCUAUGUUUAUAAAUAAAUGGGUUAACCCUAGAAGGACCAGGCACCCAGGCCACUUCAUUAAGCUGAAGUGGUCUGGGUGCCUAGAGUGGUCCUUUAAUAUGGCAAUCCCACAUAAGGAUAGCAAAUAGAGGAGUUAGCUAAUAAACAAAGAUCGAAGUUAAGAGGUGUCAGCCAGCCCACAAUAAGAAAUCUGGGUGGUUAAUGUGCAUUCUAUGGAAAUGUGUUGUCAGAUGCCAGCAUGCACAGCACAGCAAGCUGGCAUCAGACAGCCAAUGGCAGCAUAUCACCCCAUCCCCUAGGAAAAAGUUUUAGUGCCCCCUCAACCCCCAAAAUAGGACCUGCCCCGGGUGCCAAAUGCUCCAGGUAUGUCCCUAGCACACACACUGUUUAACCAACACACACUUCCACUGACACACCCACUCACUGACAGGCACACACUCUUAGAUACACAUACACUGACAUACGCUCACUGAUAUACACACUUCCUCAAUGAUUUGAUACAUUCCACUGACAGACACACACUUCACACACCUUUACUGACACACACACACAUUUUCUCAUACACUCAUAAAUGAUUUUUACAUUUUUUUAUUUUUAUUUAAGUCCACCCAGCCUCUUUACCUUUGGGUUCUUUCUCUAGCAUCCAGUAUGGCUGCUGGCCUGUUGUUGCUUCUGGGUUGUGGGGCGGGUGGUCAAUGGAGGCGGCGGCAGGGCCGUCCCAAGACAUUGUACUGCCUGGAUCCAAGUAUGAAAUGCUGCUUCCCACCCUCCCCCCCCCAAAAAAAAACAUUUCUACAAUGGUAGUGUCUCCAUGGGCUUGUGCUUGGGAUGAAGUGUGUGUCUGUGUGUGUGCUGGGGAUGUAGUAUGUGUCUGUGUGUGUGCUGGGGAUGUAGUAUGUGUCUGUGUGUGUGCUGGGGAUGUAGUAUGUGUCUGUGUGCGUGCUGGGGAUGUAGUAUGUGUCUGUGUGCGUGCUGGGGAUGUAGUAUGUGUCUGUAUGUUCUGGGGAUGUAGCGUGUGUCUGUGUGUAUGCUGGGGAUGUACCUUGUGUCUAUGUGUGCACUGCAGCCAAUACACUUACCUAUACACGUUGUCUGUGUAUAUGCAUGUGUGUCAGUGAUUGUAUCUGUUUGUCUAUGUUUCUGCAUGUGUGGCAGUGUUUGUGUGUCUGUAUAUCUGCAUGUGUAUCAGUGUGUCUGUGCAACUGAAUGUGUGUCAGUAUAUGUAUCAAAAGCUGACACACAUGCAGAUGCUGAUACAUACAGAUGUACAGACACACUGAUACGCCUACAGAUACACAGACAUAGAGACACUGACACAUGCAGAUACACAGAAAUACAGAUAUACACACUAGAAACACAGAUACACAUUACACACAUACAGAUACACACCACACACAAUACACACUACACAGAGACUAACAUACAUACAAACACAGAAACCCACACUACACAUACACAGAAACACACACAUUACACUCAUACAAACAGAUACACACACUACACAUACACAGAUACACACAUACAAACACACAUUAAAAAAAUGAAGCCAUCCAGCAGAUUCUUACCUUCUGGUGGAAGUUGGGGGCCUGCUCUCCCUAUCUGGCCCCAUCCUCGCUGCUUCCUCCUCCUCCUCUAGUGCGCCUGUGUGAGUGAGAUGGGAGUAAGUGAUAUGCUGUCACUUCCUCCCAGCUAUCUGUGCACGACCGGGCCCCUCAUUGCAUAUGUCCAUCUGGUGGCCCUAAAGGCAUGUGCCACCCGAUUGACCCUCACACAGGUUUCCAACUCAUGUGUACCUCUCAUCCAGCAGCUCUCGUCAGUGAACAAGGCUCAGAGUUGCUUCUCUGCACAAGACAAUACAGGUAGCUGCCAGACAGCUGCUCUAUGUAGAAUACUCAGGGAACACAGCAGCUCAUACUGGAGGAAUGGUAAGAGGUGUGAAGCAUAAGUAGCAUAAUUCCAAUAGACACUGACAUCGUUAUGCUGAACGAAGUUAUGUUUUUUUGCAUUAAGGGCACAGCUCAGAAGUAAAAGGCAGCAUGAUGACAAUUUUCCAUCAUGUAUCCUUAAUGGGUUAAAAUGUGCUACUUGGAACAUUUCUUUAUUUUUUAAAUCUUCAGAUACUAUUUUUCUGACUUGAGUUUCCUCAAUCUUUCUGCAGGCACUACUCUCUUCCGUAUAUUCCAGACAUCCCAGGGAUUGACACCUUCCAAGGUGAGACAUUAAUGACUUGAGAGGUUUAUAUAGUCAGAUUAAGGAUUGUAAAUUGCUGAGAAGAGUGAUUGCUGGUGGAAGGUGAGAGAAAAGCUAUUCUACAAAAUUGGAGAUGAGAUAAUUUGUGUCCUUUGUUCCUUCAGGUAAACUGCUGCACAGUCAUUUUUACCGCUAUCCAGAAAUGUUUGCCUCUCAUUCAGUGGUCCUGUUGGGUUGUGGCCCUUCUGGAGUGGAUAUUGCCCUUGAGUUGGCUCCUUAUGCACAAAAUGUCACCCUAUGCCAUCGUGGCGCAGCCCUGCAGUGGACUCCUCCAAAAGGUGUAACUCUGGCACCACCAGUGGUCGGUGCCACUCCACAUAAUCUAAUCUGUGAGGAUGGAACUCAACUGGAAGCUGAUACUCUGAUUUUCUGUACUGGAUAUAAGUAUUAUUAUCCAUUUCUUGAACCACAGAACAAACCAAGGAAUCUGAAAGAAGCAGAAGAAAAUGGAGAGACUGCAGUUACAAAGGGUCCUGUGCCGAAUGCUGUAGUAGAAAGAAUUGGAUUGCUGGUGGAAACUCGAAAAGUACUGUCAGGAAGUGCUGAACUGCUGCAAUCGAAAGAUGAGAAGGAGUUUUGUGAUAAAAAUACCAAUUGGUUGAUGAACGAUGAAGUGGUGGUUCCGGAUGAAGGUCAAGGCCACCUUCCUCUACUUUACAAACACCUUAUCCAUGCCCUCUACCCCACCAUGUGCUUCAUAGGCGCAUGUAAGAUAGUGAUACCGUUUCCUCUCUUUCACUGCCAGGUUCUCUUUUUUUUGGCAGUGCUGGAAGGGAAAUGUCCUCUACCUUCUCCAAACCAAAUGCUUUUGGAAUCUCAUGAGGAAUUAAAGAAUCACCUGAGUUUGGGAUUGCCCCUUAAAUAUCUCCAUCGUCUUGAAAUAGGUCAGUGGGAGUAUAAUAACUGGCUUGCGGAGACAGCUGGAUUUGAGCCAUUGCCUCCGGUAAAGAAGAAGAUGUAUGAGACUUGUAGGCGAUUUAGGAGCAUAAACCCUACGUUAUAUCGUGGUUUCAAAUUUGAAGUUUUGAGCAAAGAGGAAUGUAGAGUAAUCUCUGCCGAAUGUAAGGGCAUGCAAGUAUGAUGGAGGAGCUACUUUCAUCUCUUGAUGAUGCAUCUCAGAACUACAAUUUUAAUUCUUAUUUAUGCUACGAAUGUAACAUUCAAAAGGUUAUCAUUUCAAUAUUGCUUGUUCUAAUUAACUUUAAGAAUGUUACGCAAAGUUAUCCUCAGAACCCACCAGCAGGCCAGUAAAUUAGCUGUUCUAUCAUUACACAGCAGUCUCCAAGAAAGUGACUGAGCCACAGACUAAAGGGACCCUUCAAUGGUUCGAUUUAUCAACACUUUAGAUUGUUCUUUUAACAUUUUGAAUUGAUCAUAGAUUGCUGAAUAUGUGGGUUUUCCCAGAGACACGAUCCAUCUCUUGUGCUUAUGUUUGUACAGGAACUAGCUAAGCAUCCUAGCCAGUCACUUGUCUCCUAUUUGAGAGAGGAUUAGUGUGAGCAGGAUGAAGUGUCUUCUCACUAAACUCGUAUUGGAGGCAUUUAUAUCACAUCAUGGACUGAGAAUUCAUUUAUUAAAAUGAAUGAUAACCUAGGCUUGCAUUCAUAAUUUUUAAUCAAUAUAAUCAUGGAUGUGCUGCACCUUCCACAGAUUCUUAGUGGGAACCAUUAAAGAGACGCUACACAAACUACAUCAGCAAGCUAAAACGAUAUAUGUGUAAAGAGUGUCUCCUUUAUUUUUUAACCAGAAAAUGCAGGUUUCAAUAGAAAUUGUCACUUUUAUAAAUUAAACAUGUUACACCCCCUGACUUUCAAUCAGACAAUAUGUCCCUUAACUUCCUGGUUUAGUUAGCACAAUAGAGCUAAACUCAAGUGGCAGCAAUUGGUCAGAGCACCUGCCUUGCAAAGACUUUAUAUUGAGCUGCAUUGGGAAGUCUGUGAUUGGACAGCUACAGAAAGUCUGGUCUGAGCUAGAAGAAGAGGGAUUGCAAAGGCUGCAGACAUGAGAUCUGCAGACUUUGCAAGCUGUUCUAGGUAUACCCUCAAUUAAGAAAUGCAUACAUGCUGUCAGUGAGAGUAUAUCUAGUAACAGGGCCACCAUCAGGUGAACGUAUAUACACACACACAACCUUGGGGAUUGGAGAUCAAAGACCUCCCUCCCUGCGUCAUUGCACACUUUCACAGCUGGAGAGGGAGCCCGGGAUGCUGUGUGUCUGCUGCUCCCUCUCUCGUGAGCCCGUCACGAGGCCGUCAGAAGGUUACGAGCAAAGUCUAGGCAUCCAGCAGGAGCAAGUAGGAACCUCUCAGUACCACCGGCCCUCAUGGAAAGUAGUGUCCUCCUCACUGGCCAGAGGAUAGAAAAAAAAAAAGGAACUGGGGGCAUACCAGAUACAUUGAUGGUGCUGCCAUUCCUGAAAAAUGCAUGUUGCGGGUGUGCCCAAAUUUCUAAUUUUGUCUUUACUAUGUAAGUUUAGGGCCCAAACUAGAUCCCUGAUAACCGUAAUUAAAGUUGGAGCUCCCUCUGUUGGUGAAAAAUAAUAUAGAUAGCAACAACAUUGAUAAUAGGAAUUAAGGUCAGAGCUCCCUCUGUUGGUGAAAAAUAAUAUAUACAGCAACAACAUUGAUAAUAGGAAUUAAGGUCAGAGCUCCCUCUGAUGGUGAAAAAUAAUAUAGAUAGCAACAACAUUGAUAAUAGGAAUUAAGGUCAGAGCUCCCUCUGAUGGUGAAAAAUAAUAUAGAUAGCAACAACAUUGAUAGCCGGUAAGGUUGGAGCUCCCUCUGAUGGUGAAAAAUAAUAUAUACAGCAACAACAUUGAUAGCUGCAAUUGAAGCAGGCAGUCCUUCUGCUUAAAGGGACUCUGCAGUGCUACAGAACCCUGCAGUGUCCCUCCCCCCAUCCCAUGUUGAUGAAAGGGUUAAAAGCCCUUCAGUGACUUACCUGAGUCCAGCACAGAUGUCCCUCGGCACUGAGUGAAGCUCCACCCACACUCCUUCCCUGCUGACGUCAGCCGGCGGGGGAGACCUAAUGCGCAUGCACGCAUUAAACUUCCCCAUAGGAAAGCAUUACUCAAUGCUUUCCUAUGGGGAUUCCGGCGACGCUGGAGGUCCUCAUGCAUAGCGUGAGGACGUCCAGCUUUAUUUAAAAAACUAUUUGUGUUCUAAGAACACAGAAAUCCCUCUAGUGGCUGUCUGAUAGACAGCCACUAGAGGAGGACUUAACCCUGCAAGGUAAUUAUUGCAGUUUAUAAAACUGCAAUAAUUACCCUUGCAGGGUUAAGGAUGGUGGGAGUUGGCACCCAGACCACUCCAAUGGGUGGAAGUGUUCUGGGUGCCAGAAGUGUCCCUUUAAAGAAAAUAAUAUGAACUUAUUGUGCAAAAAGCCAUUUAUUUGAAGAAACCUCACCAAGGCUUUAUUGAAAUUUACACACACUUUUUUGGUUUUCGUAUCUGUGUAUCUUAUUUCCUGUGUUCAUUUUCUAAAAUCUUUUUAAGAAAAACCAAUAAGAAAAGAAAUUAAACUUAAUUUAUAUGUUAUAUUCUCCACUUUUGGCUGUGAUUUCUGCUACAUUGGUGAAGCGAAGUUAAGGGUUAGAGCCCAUUCUCUCUGUGGGAAAAAAAAAUCAAUUUGUUUUGGACACUGGAUGUCUUUAAAAAUCUGACUAUCUAUAUAUUCAAUUUGGGAGCCACAGAUACCAAGCCGAGAAAUAUGUGGACAUGAGGUGAUAAAACAUUGUCUAAAUCAGGGGUGCCCAAUAGGAAGAUCCCCAGACAUUUUAAAAUUACAACUUCCACAACGCCUUGUCAUUCUAAAG